AUGGCUCAUUUUAUUACCUAUAACAAAGCAAUUAAUGCAAAACAAACUGCACACUUAAUAUUUAAAGAAAUAAUUCGUCUCUAUGAGUGCACCAUAAACUAUCAACAAGAUGAUUGGAAUAACCUCUUACCCUUAGCUGAAUUGUCCUAUAAUAACUCAAUUCAUACUUCCACGAAGAAAGCACCAUUCUUCGCUAAUUAUGGGUUCAAUUCCCCGUUUCGACAUGCACAUACCUCUAAAUUUAACAGUUCCCUUAGCAGAGGACAAGGCAAUGCAGUUGCAGCAAAUUAG